GCAGCCGGGGCUGCGCUGCGCUCCCAGGCAGGUGCGGCGUCAGCUGCCAGCCCAGCCCCUCCCUCUGCUUGGGCCCUGCUGGGCCAGUGACUCCCCCACCCCCGCCUGCCCUGCCGUCCCGGGGCAGGGAGCGCCCCCGGGGGACGAGAGGAGCCAGGUGUCCCUUGGCCUGGCUGGCUCCCGCCCAGAAACGCUGCCCCUGCGGCCGGGGGGAGGAGCCGGUGCACCGACGGAUCCUUGCGGAGGCUGCGUGGGAAGCCGCGGGGCCGGGGCAGGUGGGGGUCCCUAGCCAUGUGCACCGGAAGGCUGCCCGGCUAGGCACCUGGGCUCUGCGCAGCAGCGAUGGCCCCUGGCGGCAGAGACGCCGCAGCCGGGUUCUGAGUCUUGCAAGGAGCCGCCACCUCCACCGCGGCGGGAGGAACCCGGCAGGAUCUAUGGAGUAUCAGAGGAAGAAGAAACUGACCAAUUGCACCAUUGGGCUCCUCUUCCUGUCGGGAGGGAUCGAGUAUGCUCUUCAUGUGCCUGCUCUGGGUCCUGCUGCAGUUUGUCGUCAUGGCGAUGUAUUACGACCUGCAGCCCGGGCCCCACCUGCAGCGCGCGGCGCUGGCGGCGCCGGAGGAGGAGGAGAAGCCCUUGGUGCAGCAUGAGGCUGGCCAGGAGGAGAGAGACGGGCAGCACGGCUAUGGCAGCACUGGCACUGCCCAGCGGGCGCCCGGCGAGCCCCCCGAGGGGGACGAGUACCGCUAUGUGCCCAACGGGCACCUGGCCGAGGAGGAGGGCCGAGAAAAGGAGACGAGCCCGUUCCAGAACUUCAGCGUCAUGCGAGAGUACCUGCGGGAGGAGGUGGUGGUUCUGCUCACUGCCCAGUUCAUCACCCUCUUCAACCAAACAGCCUUGGAGACCAUGGUGACCCCCAUCACCCAGCGCUACCUGAGCUUCGGGGAGCUGGAGAACAGCAUCAUGUACUUCCUGUGCGGCAUCGAGGUGAUCUGCGGCUUCUUCCUGGUGCGCUGCCUCAGCAGCCGCCUCCCCGACCGUGUGAUCCUGGUGCUCGGGCUGGUCAUCUGCAACGUGGCCUGUGUCUGGUGCCUGCUCUUCCUGGCGCGGCCCCGAGGGAGCUUUCCCGUCCUGCUGACCGAGCUGGUGGUCGGCGUGUUCCUGCAGGUGCUGGGGCUGCCCUUCGUGGCCGUCUCCCAGGUCUCGCUCUUCUCCAAGGUCACAGCGGAAAAAACACAAGGGUUCAGCCAGGGCCUGCGGCGGUCUGUGGGGGGCGUCGCCACCAUUCUGGGGCCCCUGUGGGCUGGAGGUCUGACCGAGAACCUCUACGUCAUGCUGGGGGUGAUGAUGGGCCUGCUGAGCCUGCUGACGGUUAUGGUCGGGCUCUCGUACUCUUACCUGGUGGAGCCGCCCAGGGGCUACGUGCCGGGACCGUCCCAGGAGGAGCAGCGCUCGUGACCUCCCGACUCUCCACGGCGCGCCCCACGGGACUGCACGGCUCGAAGCCACCAAGGUGAGCGCCUGAGAGCUGUGGAGCUCGGGGCGCCUCCUCUGCUCUCAUGGCCAAACGGCCCUGGAGCAAGCAGCCCACCGUGCCUGGGGGAACCUGGGCCAGGCCAGCAGCUCCUGCCUGUACAGCCCUGCUGGGGCCGCUCCAGGCUGUGUAACCUCCAGGGAACCGGCGCAGGAUGUUUGACGGGGAGACAGAGAAGGGCUUGAUGCUCCAUGGGCUGCAGAGCCGCAGUGAGAGACCAGGGAGUCUGCGGAAGAGCAUUUGACCCUCCUUUGGCCUUGGCUCUUGUCACUGUUGUACAGGAGCAAGCAAACACUUCCCAGGGUGCACAUGGCAUUAAAAAAAAUCUCUUGAUGGCCCAUGUAUGGGGGGGGAGGGAGGGGUGAAGGAAAU